AUGCCUUCAAUAUCUAGUUGGUUGUUGCUGGGAGGGUGUCUCUUUGCUGGCCCAGCCCUGUCGGCAUCAGGCAACAUUCCUGCCCAAGCCCAACUCAUUGACCAGCGUAAAUUCAAUGUCUUGAAUAAUACCCGUCCACCUGCUGAGUUCAAUGAUACGAAUAUAUUUGUACCUCCGGGCAUGACCGAGAAGAGCCUUACAGGUCAACCUUUUCAUGUUUACGAUGAAGAAUUCUUGAAGAUCAUCGGUAACAAUCCGACUUUGACCCGUAUUGCUUAUUCUGAAGUGGACCCUCUGUUCCACGAAGCAGUCGUGUGGUCGAAGGGGACAGAUGAGGUCUUUUUCGCACAAAAUGCGGGUCCUCCCGAGGCUGGCACAGGUCUCAAAAAGUCUUCCAUUGUUGAAAAGAUAUCACUAGCUGAAGCUGCUGCUGUGGCCAACAAAACGGAUGCCGUGGGCCUGGUGACUGUUCAUAAUGUCACCUCCCCUGAGUCGCCCAAGGUUAUCAAUCCAAAUGGCGGUAAUAACUAUCGUGGGAAGUUGAUCUUCGCAGGCGAGGGCCAGGGCAACGACACGGCUCCUGCUUUGUAUGUCAUGAACCCGAAGGAACCAUAUGACACUGAAAUCCUUCUGAACAACUUCUUCGGUCGACAGUUCAACUCGCUAAAUGAUGUGGCCAUUCACCCAAAUAACAAGGAGAUCUACUUCACCGAUGUUCCGUACGGCUAUUAUCAAGACUUCCGCCCUUCCCCUGGUCUCCAAAACCAGGUUUACCGAUUCAACCCAGACACAGGCGCCGUCAGAAUCGCUGCCGAUGGCUUUACGCAUCCAAAUGGGUUUACAUUCUCUCCGGACGGAAAACACGCAUAUGUCACAGAUACAGGAGUUGGUUAUUCUUUCUACGGCAACAAUCUAACAGAGCCAUCUUCAAUUUAUCGAUUUGAUGUCACUGAUGAUGGCACGCUCGAGAACCGCAAGACUUUCGCCUUCGCCAGCCCUGGUCUUCCGGAUGGUGUUCAUUGCGAUUCUUGGGGUAAUGUCUACGCUGGGUGUGGCGAUGGAAUCCAGGUUUGGAACCCAUCUGGCAAGCUGAUUGGCAAGAUCUUCGUUGGAACUACUUCGGCAAACUUCAAUUUCGCCGGGGAGGGAAGAAUGGUGAUCUGCGCAGAGAACUCGUUGUAUUAUGCGACUCUAGCAGCAGCUGGGAAUUAUGUGGAGAGUGAAAUGUAG